AUGGCCACAACUUCGGCCACUCGUCAAAUGGCUAGUACCAGCAAGAAUGAUCAAUCCACUUGCGAGGAGGAAACUGAAGAGUUUGAAACUACUUUUACGCCAGUUCAAAAAUUAGAAGAAUGUGGCAUUGCAACUACGGACGUUAAAAAACUGCGAGACAGCGGAUAUCACACCGUCGAGUCAAUUGCCUACUCAACCAAGAAGGCUCUAGCUACAAUCAAAGGCAUCACCGAGCAGAAAGUUGACAAGAUUAUGGUUGCUGCACUGAAGAUGGUGCCGAUGGGAUUCUCAACUGCAUCAGAAUACCACGCAAAGCGAGCUGAAAUUGUUAUGAUUUCAACUGGCUCAUCAAAACUUGAUGCCAUGCUCAAGGGAGGAAUAGAAACUGGCUCCAUUACUGAACUAUUCGGCGAGUUUCGAACCGGCAAGUCUCAACUGUGUCAUCAACUGGCAGUCACUUGUCAGUUGCCCAUCGAUAAUGGCGGUGCCGAAGGCAAAUGCAUGUUCAUCGACGCAGAAGGUACCUUUCGCCCCGAGCGCUUCAUCUCCAUAGCUCAACGCUACAAGAUGGACCCAAAAGAGGUGUUGGAAAAUAUAGCUUACGCCCGAGCUUACAACACCGAUCAUCAGACGCAACUCCUCAUUGAUGCGGCAGCGAUGAUGUCAGAGUCAAGAUACGCUCUUCUGAUCGUUGACAGCGCUACCGCUUUGUACCGAACUGACUUUAGCGGACGCUCCGAGUUGGCUGCUCGGCAAAUGCACCUGGCUCGCUUUCUUCGUAUGCUUCAGCGUCUUGCUGAUGAAUUCGGCAUUGCUGUUGUCAUCACAAACCAGGUGGUGGCAAAUCCUGAGUCUUCAAUGUUCAGCGGUGAAACCAAGCGGCCAAUUGGUGGACACAUUAUCGCCCACGCGUCCACGACCCGGCUGUCUUUUCGCAAAGGCAAAGGAGAAAAUCGUCAUUGUAAAAUUUACGAUUCGCCAAGUUUACCCGAGGAAGAAGCGCUUUUUGCGAUUCACCACGAUGGCAUCGGAGACUCAAAAGACGAAUAG